AAAUUACUGACAGCUCUGGUUCUGAGCACCGAGGCGUCUCACUUGUGAGGGCUCGUCCUGAAACAUUCACUUUCCACGCAUGACAGAUCGUCCGUCAGUUACCGGUGCAACGUAGCAGGUCAAUCUUUGUCUGUCAAUCGGUUUAAAAUUCUUUGAAAUGGUCAAGUGAAUAUUCAACAUGAAUAAGGCAAAAAUUACAACAGAGAAAGGAGUCCCCAGUAAUUCCCGGGUCCUUACUCUCCUGUCCCAGCUUGAGAAGAUUAAUGCAGAGUCUGCAGUACUGGAUGCAGACAGUGCCAGACAUAUCACGUCAAAGAUCCUUCAUCUGAUACAAACUCAAGAGAAAACAAAGAAAGAAAUGACAGCCAAGGGCUCGACUGGGAUGGAAACCAUCCUGUUCACUUUGGAGAGUACUCGAGACCUUCAGACUACUCUGAAUACACUAUACAUUCUAAAUGAACUGGUCUCAGUUGGCGGCGGACGGAGAAUCUGCGUUCUGGUGUCAAAGGGAGGGACCCAGAUCCUCCUGCAGCUGCUAAUGAGUGCCUUUAAGGAGUCCCCACCCAGUGAGGAGCUUAUGGUGCAGCUGCAUUGCAUUCUAGCAAAAGUUGGUCCAAAAGACAAAAAAUUUGGUAUCAGAGCCAGACUUAAUGGAGCCUUAAAUAUUACUCUUAAUUUGGUGAAACAGAACUUGCAGAACUAUAAGCUUAUUUUACCUUGUCUUCAAGUUUUACGAGUGUACUCCAGCAACUCUGUAAAUGCUGUGUCCUUGGGCAAAAAUGGUGUUGUGGAGCUCAUGUUUAAAAUAAUAGGUCCUUUCAACAAAAAGAAUACCAGCCUUCUAAAGGUUACUCUGGACACACUGGCAGCUUUAUUGAAGUCAAAAACCAAUGCUCGACGGGCAGUAGACAGAGGCUGUGUCCCUACACUGCUAGCGAUUUACCAGGACUGGCAUCGGGCUGACACCCGUCAUAGGCACAUGCUCAUUCGGAAAGGAAUUCUAGGUUGCAUCAAAAAUAUUACAAACAUCAAACUGGGCAGAAAAGCAUUCAUAGAUUCAGAUGGCAUGAGAACAUUGUAUAACAUCUCUCAAGACUGCCUGCCAGUAAGGGCUUUGGAUCCACUGAUUAACACUUCUACUCUCAUCAUGAGAAAAUGUUUCCCCAAGAAUCGCCUUCCGGUUCCUACAAUAAAAAGUGUUUUCCAUUUCCAACUACCUGUUGUUCCAGCCAACGGCCCUGUGGCACAGAUCUACAGUUUACCUCCAGAGGUGGAUGAUGUAGUGGAUGAAAGCGAUGAUAAUGAUGACACUGACGCUGAAACUGAGAAUGAAACUGAGAAUGAAGAUGAUGAGAAGGACCAAAAGUUAAAGAAUGAUGAUAUUGAAACUGAUAUCAGCAACCUGCGACCAAAGCAGGACCUUAGCCGACCAUUUGAAGAAUUAAAAAUAUAUGAGCGUUUUUUCCCAGAACUUACUGAAAACUUCCAGGGAUGUGACUUCAGUGGAGAGUUGUCCAGUAAAAGCAUGCCGGUAAUGAAACCAAAAGAUCCAGUCCCCGUAGUUGUACCCACAGCAGGGGAAGGACAGUCUGCAGACAACUGUAGCACAAAGAAAGAAAAACUAUUGAAAAACGAAGAGCAGACAAAACAGACCGCUUCCCGGGCAGGGGACUUUGAAAACCAACCGGCACCCUUGGACAUUAACAGCUUAAAUAUCACAAAGAAUGAUGCUGACGUGCAAGGAAAUAAACUGCUCCCUUCUCAGUGCCUAAAGCAUGAGCUACACAGGGAGAUGGACAGAUUGAAUCUAGAAGGGGAAAGUGUCUCAAAACAUCUUAAAAACUGUAAUUAUGCAUACGUGAAUGGACAGAAAAACAAAGGUGGACACCAGUGCAGUGCCAGCAGUAAAGGUUGCCAGCAGUUCACUGGAAGUAGUGGGCCUUUACCAGAGUACGGGUCCUCUCCGCUGUUCUGCCCCGGGGUGGAGGCUGAUCUUGACGAUGACUCUAGUUCCUCUCAUUCCUCAGGAGAGCAAGGCAUGCUGGAAGUACCAGACACAGCAGCUGUCCUGCCUUUACAUGACCCGGAGCUCUACAUUGAAACUGUUAAACACACCAAAUCAGUUCCUGAAUACACUGAAGUAGCCUACCCUGAUUAUUUUGGUCAUAUUGCUCCAACUUUUAAAGAGCAUACCUUAGAACGACUGUAUGGAGUACAGAGAACCAAAAUCUUCCAGGAUAUUGAGAGACUAAUCCAUUCCAAUGACAUCCUUGAUAAAGUUGUGUAUGAUCUUGACUUAUCUAGCUGCCCUAUUAUUGAUGAUGGAGAGUCCUUGAAAUUUAAUUCACAGUUUGAAUCUGGGAAUGUACGUAAAGCAAUUCAAGUUAGAAAGUUUGAGUAUGAUCUGAUACUGAACUCUGAUAUUAACAGCAACCAUUACCACCAGUGGUUUUACUUUGAGGUAAGCGGAAUGCGGAGUGGUGUUCCCUACCGUUUCAACAUCAUCAACUGUGAGAAGUCCAACAGCCAGUUUAACUACGGAAUGCAAGCUUUAAUGUAUUCAGUCCAGGAAGCAUUAAGCGGUAGACCACGGUGGAUUCGCACAGGAACAGAUAUCUGUUACUACAAAAACCACUUUUCGAGGAGUUCCAUUGCUGCUGGGGGUCAGAAAGGAAAGUCUUACUAUACAAUCACAUUUACAGUGACCUUCCAGCAUAAGGAUGAUGUCUGUUACUUUGCUUACCACUACCCAUAUACCUAUUCUACUUUAAAGAUGCAUCUUCAGAAACUGGGGUCUAUGCACAGCCCUCAGAUUUACUACCGACAAGAUGUGCUCUGUGAGACCCUAGGUGGAAACAGCUGUCCUGUCUUGACUAUAACAGCGAUGCCAGAGACUAAGUGUUAUGAACAGAUCUGUCACUUCAGAAAUCGGCCUUACAUUUUUCUCAGUGCUCGUGUACAUCCUGGGGAGACUAAUGCAAGCUGGGUAAUGAAAGGAACUCUGGAGUUCUUGAUGAGCAGCAGCCCCAUGGCUCAGAGCCUACGAGAAUCGUACAUUUUCAAAAUCGUUCCCAUGCUAAAUCCAGAUGGAGUCAUCAAUGGAAACCACCGGUGCUCCUUAAGUGGUGAAGAUCUCAACAGGCAGUGGCAGAGCCCAAACCCUGAUCUUCAUCCCACCAUCUAUCACACCAAAAGCUUGUUGCAGUACCUAGCUGCAAUACAGCGGACCCCACUAGUAUAUUGUGAUUAUCAUGGUCAUUCUCGCAAAAAGAAUGUAUUUAUGUAUGGCUGCAGUAUCAAAGAAACUGUAUGGCAGACUAAUGUGAGUGCCGCCUCAUGUGAACUUCAAGAAGACCUGGGAUACAGGACUCUUCCCAAGAUUUUAAGUCAGAUAGCCCCAGCAUUCUGCAUGAGUAGCUGCAGUUUUGUAGUUGAAAAAUCCAAGGAGUCCACUGCACGUGUGGUGGUAUGGCGUGAGAUUGGAGUGCAGAAGAGCUACACCAUGGAAAGUACUUUGUGUGGUUGCGAUCAAGGGAAAUAUAAGGGUCUUCAAAUAGGGACAAAGGAACUGGAGGAGAUGGGAGCCAAGUUCUGUGUUGGGUUGCUGCGUUUAAAAAGAUUGACCUCUCCGAUGGAGUACAAGCAUCCAUCCCACUUCCUGGACUUGGAGAAUGAUUUGAUUGAGUCCAGCUGUAAAGUCACAAGCCCCACCACCUAUGUGCUUGAUGAAGAUGAGCCCCCGUUUCUGGAGGAGGUUGAUUACAGUGCUGAGAGCAACGAGGAUGCUGAUGUGAACGAUAAUGCUGCUGACAAUGAUCCUUGUACCCAGGAAGACACACUCUCUGACUCUGAGGCAACCAGAGACUACCUACACUGAGCAUUAUAUUCAAUGAGAGAUCCCUAUUUAAGAGGACAGCAACAUGAAAGCAAAUGUUAGUGCUUAAGGAAUUUGGAUUUAUUUAUAUAUACCUGUAGGUUUUACAUUUUUAGAAUUGCGUUUUGAUUGAAUUUGUUUAACUUAGUAUUGCUGCAUGGCUAUCUUAAUUUAUCUUGUAUGAGUUUUAUAUUUUUUUGCCAUGUGUUUGUCAAGGAAAGCCUCUGGGCUAGCUCAUUGUGCUGUUGUGCAUGUAUUUUUGUGAAGAGUGCAGAGUUGUACAGCUUUUUUCUGUUGUGUCCAAUUCAGUGAUGUACUAUAUGUAUUUCAUGAAACAUUAAGUAUCUUUAUGUAAUUGUGCCGAAAAUCAUAUGAAACCUGCUCUAAAAUUAUGUAACACAAAUUAAACUACCUACAACUUA